AUGUCUGCUGCCUCUGUUGUCCCGGUCCUGGACUUCUCCCUGGUCCAUACCCCUCAGGGUCGACAGGCCUUCUUGGACUCUAUGCUGGCAGCCUUGCGUGAUGUAGGCCUCUUCUAUUUGAAAAAUCACCCGGUCCAAGCUUCAUUGUUUGAGGAAGCUCGACAAGAAUGUGACGCAUUCUUCAGUCUGCCCGAUGUGGACAAGGCCGAAAUCGACAUUGCGAAUGUCCCCAGCUUCCUGGGCUAUACGAAGGUAAGGGAUCCUCAUUGUUCGCCAGAAGUCCAUGCUAAGGAGGCCUCUUUGGUUCAGCUUGGGUCCGAGGUGACCGCCAACCGUACCGACUGGCGAGAGCAUCUUACCAUUUCGACUCCACACCCUGCGCCGACGGGCGGGCCAGCCUAUCUGAACCUUCUCGCACCGAACCAGUGGCCUUCCGCUGACAGGCUUCCAACUUUCCGAACCGUAUACGAACGAUGGAUCGAGCAAGUGUCUGAUGUCUCCAAUACGAUGCGCAACCUGGUCAGCGAGGCCAUGGGGAUCGACCCAGAGCUAGUGAGCCGGUUCUUCCAGAACCAGCAGCACCGGCUUCGUCUCAUGAAAUAUCCGGAAAUCCCCAGCUCGCAAGCAACAAGCAAGGAUCAAGUGGGAUUGGGCGCUCACCGAGACAAGGGAUUCUCCACGUUGAUUUUCCAAGCCUCCCCCCAUCGGUGCUUGCAGGUUCAAACGCGCGAGGGGAGAUGGACUGACGCUCCCCCCCUUGACCAUACAUUUGUGUUUAUUGCUGGUCAAGCCCUGGAGGCGAUGACCCAUGGGAUCUGUAAGGCGCCCUGGCACCGGGUGGUGACUCCACCUCCUGGCCUGGGCCCCCGUUACAGCAUUGCGGUAGGCACGGGGAUUGGCAUGGAUACCGCUGUGGCGGCAAAGGAGACCCAGGAAGCACUGAACAAGCUGCGAGACGAUAUCUUACAGCGUUUCCCUGAUGCACGCGAUGAGUUCAGGACCUUCCUGGCUGGCACCAGGGACGGCGAGAGCGUCGGCACCCAGUACCUGGCUCAGUACCUUGCUAGCCACCCCGAUAUUGCAAUCAGAUGGGUAAGUGUGCCCCUUGUAUGUCCCUACUAUGAGAACUCCAGGGCUGACGACCCACGUCCGUCUGUCGGGCUGUUUAGUAUCCACAGUAUUCCACCCCUGCUUGCAAAAUAUAACGCUGUCUCGUGA